AAUAAGUGUUAUUGUGCGCUGGCCAACCGGCUUCGCUAAUAUCGCGCUGAUAUAUUUAACCUAUCUUUGGUAAGCUAUUUGCUACUCGUAACCAAUGCGUGUAAAAAAGAGGUUGGCCUCUCGAAAUGGCGUUUAAAGGAGGGGACAGUGUGUAAUCGUAUUAUGAGGACGGACUAAACGCAAUCAUCAAUUUUAAGCUAGACAUUGCUUUGCAAAGAGCAAAGAGGGAAAAGAACAGCAAGGAGUGUAAGAUAUGAACAAUACAACAUCUUCCCCGCUGACCACGCCAUACCCAGAGCAAGACCACAAUGUUACUCUGGUCUCAUCAAUAUUCCUGAUUAUUAUAAUCGUCAUGGCUUUGUUCGGGAACCUGCUAGUUCUCAGUGCAUUCUGGGUGUUUCGCAGGCUGCGUACUGUGACUAAUUUCUUCAUCAUCUCAUUGGCAGUGGCGGACAUACUCGUGGCUGUGGUCUCCAUGCCGGUGUGGGCGGCGUAUCUUAUUGGUGGUCCGUCUGUGAUUCUUUCCUCUUGGCUUAAUAAGGUGUGGAAUUUCAUGGACAUCUUGUGUGGCGUGGCGUCGAUAGUUCACUUGUGUUUCAUCAGCUUGGAGCGGUGUAUUUGUAUCUCGUCGCCUCUCACGUAUCACGACACGGUCACAACGGAGAAGGCUAAAAUUGCGAUCUCUUGUAUUUGGAUCUUUGCGGCCAUCAUGGCGGGAUUGAAGAUAGUCUUGUGGAACACUCCUCCACCUGUCUACGAGCUUGCAGUCACCAUCUCUUGUUUCAUCAUCCCUCUCAUCAUCAUGACCGGCUCUUACAUGAAAAUGUUCACAACCGCUCGUCACCAAAUAAAGAAAAUGAUCCUCACCGUUCAAGGCAAACCCAAGCGUUUCCUGCUUUCCAAGGAAAUCAAGGCUGCUAAGACGGUAGCUGUAGUGAUAGGAGGUUUUGUCAUCUGUUGGUGCCCAUUCUUCGUGUUAAAUCUAAUGUACGGUCUUUGCGAGGCAUGCCGUCCUUUACCCACCGAAUCAAUCCUCGUCGCCAAGUGGAUGCAUUACGUCAAUAGUGUGCUAAAUCCGAUCAUUUACGCGUGUAUGAAUAAGGACUUCCGGAAAGCCUUCAAGAAGCACCUAAUGUACGCCUGCGCUUGUAUGCUGGGUAAAUCAUACAGUGGUUUGCUGAGAGAGUCGCGUUCUCUGCACAGCGAAACCGGCUGGUCAUUUCGAGGAACGUCUUUCAGGUCGCGUAACGGGUCUGUGCGAUCCUAUGCAGACUCGUACACACUGAGAUCGAACUAUAAUUCAAUCGAGAUGGGAUAUCCCAUCCGUGUAUAAGGAAGGCUGCUUGUCAUGUUACCCUGCGCGCGGACAGGUAACGCCACACACAGGGCAACAGGGUACAGUCUAGAAUGUCGUAACUUUUUGGACUGGAAGUCCGAGCCUCAAUGUCUUCUGAGCUCUUUGACAAGCCAUGGCCAAUAUAUAAAAUAUCAUGUGUCACCUAUAAAUGCAAUAAGACCCAUAAAAGUAACAACAGCCAUAGAUUUAAUAACAGUCACUCAUAAAUGAAACAACAACCAUAAAUGGGAUUAACGUCGCGUUAUUACAUUUAUGGUUGUUGUUACAUUAAUAGGUAUUAUUAUUUUAUGGUUGAUACAUCACCUAGCUAGUUAUCUGUCGGUUACAUAUUUCUAAAAAAAAACUUUUUUGACAGCUGAUAAUAUUGUGCUUAUGACCAUGACCACUGGAAGGUUAGAGGUGCUACAAGCCUCAUUGAACCAUUUGCUGCGGGAUUGCUUAAUGUGUUUACUGUAGUCGCUGCCUGGUAAAAGAGAGACCAAAAAAACGUUUUUGAUUUGAUACCGUCAGAAUAACAGCCAUAAAAGAUAGUUCAUUGACCAGUCUCACAGUUUCACUGCAAGAUCCUACAGAACAGGUGCAUCAAGAGCUGAUUCCCUGAAAAAUAAGAUAGGAGGCCUCUAGGAUUAUCCUUCAUUGUGUAUUUUUCAAAUUCAAACUUGCUGCUAUGCAAUAUUUUUGGCAAUCUCAAUGUCAUCUGAGAGACAUAAGGGACCGACGAACGACGACGGCAAAGCCGACGGCAACGGGGAAAGGGAGUUUCCAGUAUGUUUACCAAGUGGUGGCAGGUGCAUUGUGCGUAGCAAACAAAGCCUUACUAUGCCUCCCGAGGGAUAAGGAAAAGUGGCGAGGAUGAGAAACUACUGCAUUGCUGAUGAAAAAGCAGGGAAAAUAUACAUAAGAAUCAUUGCAAGAGGGUUUGCUGUUGUUUAUAUUCCAUAAUAACUCAAUCUGCAUCACUAGCUGUGGUUGCUAAUAAAAAAUAAAUUAUUUCAA